AUGUCAGCUUUUCUGAAUUACUUUCGUCAAUCUACCAAGAAGACGGAUGCUAUCCCGAAGGAAUUGAGCAUUCUGGCCAGCGAGAUAUUAAAGAACCAUCCCAUUGGGCAGACAGACCUCUGGACGGACCCAGACCCCGCCCUUCUGGAUUCCCUCUACGUUCCAACAGACCAAGAAAUCGAGGUCACCAAGCAGAACCUAAACAAACUCCUCACCCUCUCCCGCUUCUUCUCUGCCCAAACCCGCUCAGAUCCCUCUUUCCUAAACGGCAGCCCAGUCGACAACAAGAAAAUCUGUGCUCAACUGGACAAACUCAUCCACUUGAACCACUGUAUACUUUCACCAAUCCGAUUCCUUCCCGAUGAAAUACUGCAGGAGAUUCUGCGCUACAGCAUCCCCGAAGGGGACCUCAACUGCAUCCCUCCACACGUUACACCUCUCGCAGUUGCAGCCUACAAACCCAACGCCCCGCGCAUGCGUCUCUAUCGUGUGUGCCGCCGCUGGCAACUCCUCCUCACAUCCGCACCAGACAUCUGGUCCACCGUGUUCAUAAGACUAGGAGGGCGGACACUCGAACCACAAGCAGUCAAAUACCUCCAAAAGACACUCUCUUACUCCACUCCCGCCCCUCUCAAAGUGACCAUAAGCAACCCAGGGACACGAUGGGUCGACGAAGUGUACCGUGAGUCGAAGCUCACAGAGCUGUCACCCUUCUUUGACGUACUCCGGGAAUCGUCUUCCCGGUGGCACGACCUAUCCGUGGACAACAUCCCCUUCCUCCACCACAUCCACUGUCUCCCCGGGCACCCUCUCCCAUCCUUACAGAGAUUAAAAAUCGGAGUUCCUCCCUGGUUGCCACAGGACUUCAACAUCCUCGACGACCUACCCGACACACCCUCGCUCCAAGCCGCCGAGGUACACGGAGACGGGUCGCUACGGGCCCUCGAAGGCCUAACAUCGCGUAACCCCCAACUCACCCGUGUCUGGCUGACAAGAACAUACAACGACCCUUUCAACACCCUCCAACCCAUCCGCGCCUUACGAAACCUCACCCACCUCCACCUCACAUUCCCAGUCGGCAGCCUCGAAUACCACCCCAAGGACUCAUUCACCCUUCCUCACCUCACCACCCUCUCCUUGUCCUCCAAAGUUGAAAUCCUGGACACCAUUUUCCAAACUCUCACCUGCCCCAACCUCACCUCUCUCCGGAUCCACUGCAGUCACUUUCUGUACGGUAUCAAGCCAGCCAAAUGGGUUUCCCUCCGAACCCAAAUCAUAAACUUCAUCGCCAAGUCCGGGUGCACACAAAUCAACCACCUGGCACUGACAAACUUCAACACCGAACAGCUCCGACCUCUGCUUUCAGGGUUCAAAAAUGUCGAGAUGCUGGAACUGACGUCUGCAUGCUACAUCUCUGAACAGACUGAAAACAACAUCUGUGUACAGACUCUCGACAGUCUUCGGUUCGAGCGUCCAAGUCUAUCGGAGGAGGAAGGUGCUUGGGACCCAAUCCUCCCCCGGUUGAAGCGGUUCGACUUCAGUUACUGCGACGCCGAUAUCUAUCGUUACUGCGAGACCCAUCAUGACCCAAACGAGAAAUUCCUGGACGUCAAAGGCCUUAUCCAGUUGUGUGAAUCCCGCAUCUUGAGUCGACAAGACCAGGAAAAGGGCAUCAGGGAUGUCCCAGUUACCUCUUUGUCGGAAUUGAGGUUCAAUCUUGCAGACCAUAAUCCUCUCUCGGAGGAAGACAUGCUCCUCCUGACAUCACUCCGUUAUAAAGCCAAAGAUCUGGGACUCGACUUUCGUAUCUUGUUCAACUUUGGAGACUGCGCUCAAGCACUGAUAAAGGAGCGCCAACAUCGUGUAGAUUGGUAG